AUGGGGACGAUUCGACCUACGUUGUUGACGGCUCUGUCGGAACAAGGUGACCAACAGCAAGACCCCAACGAACAACCGGACAUAGCAGCUUACAACAUAGGGCAAAUGCCGUGUCCGGAAGAUCAUUUUCGUGACUUCGCUUUCGAUAACCAAAUCUUCUUUGACUCUUUUUGGUAUGAUUUGGCAUUUGAUGAUUUCCAGCUUCGGUUGGGAAAUCGCUCUCCUACUGCAGAAACUAAGGCUUUGUGGAAGUCCGAAGAGGAGGUGUAG